GUAACUAAAUAGUUGCAUGUGAAAUUACUAUAUAUAUGACUACCUUGUAACAUUCAUACACACACCCAACAAAUUAGUUUUUAUAGAGUCAUCACUUCUUCGUAGUCAAUUAAUUAAUGGAGUUUGCACGUAUCUCUGUUUUAGUUCUGUUUUGUUUGGCUUUUGUGGAAAUUGGUGCAUCACCAGCUGAAGAUUAUUGGCGAUCUAUUUGGCCAAACACUCCUCUGCCUAAAGCUUUCUUUGAUUUGUUGUUGCCUUAUGGAAGAAGCAAUAGUCUACCCAUUAGUGCCAAAGAAAUGAAUCAAUAUUCGACACUCUUUUUCGAACAUGACCUCUAUCCUGGAAAGAAAAUUUCUUUAGGUAACAUUCAAUCUUUGGGAAAGACCGUACGACCAUUCAUAAAACCAACACAAGGUGUCACAGACUCCAUAUGGUUGGCAAAUAAAGAGAGACAAAGUCUCGAGGACUUUUGUGAAAGCCCAACUGCUAUAGGAGAACACAAACAUUGUGUAUCAUCUUUAGAAUCGAUGAUUGAUCAUGUCAUUUCACAUUUUGGGACGACAAAGAUUAAGGCGAUUUCAAGUACCUUUGUCCAAAAUCAAGACCAAUAUGUUGUUGAGGAAGUGAAAAAAGUUGGAGACAAUGCAGUGAUGUGUCACAGAUUAAAUUUUGAAAAAGUUGUAUUCAAUUGCCACCAAGUGCAAGCAACAACAGCUUACGUGGUCUCAUUAGUAUCCCCUGAUGGAACUAAAGCUAAAGCCUUAACAGUUUGUCACCAUGAUACAAAAGGUAUGAAUUCUGAGUUGCUUUAUGAAGCUCUCAAAGUUGACCCUGGAACUGUUCCUGUUUGCCAUUUCAUCGGCAAUAAGGCUGCUGCUUGGGUACCUAACCAUUCUAAUGACCAUCUUUGUGUCAUCUAGAUGUUAACUUGUUGUGCAUGUCAUCUUUCUUAUCAAUAAAAUCAUGCUAAAAUCACACUUCAAAUAUGAGCAUUUUCAACUUCAUGGAACUCUCAUGUUCAAAUUGGAUUUGACUUUCAUGUUCAAACUAGGUUUGUUUUAAAGUUAUAUAUGCAUGGAGAAAUGUGACGUGCUAAGUAUCAAAUUUCAUGUAUUUCAAAUAAAACUAGUUCUAUUUAGAACUGUAAGUGUAUAUUUGCAUGUGCUGGGAGUUUGGCAUUGUACACUGAUGUAAGUUCAACUUAAUAAUGAGAAAAAAGAAUUGUGUUUGAUA